AUGGCGGAGGCGGUCGCAGUAGUGCGCGCGAAGCAGCAGGCGGCGGAGGCGAAUGGCGAAAGAGACGUGGCGGUGCUAUCGCGGUCGGAGAGUUUGCUGGACGACAAGUUUGAUGCGUAUGAGACGGCCAACUAUCGCAUGUGGGUUCGAUCCAAAACCGACGCGUUUUCCAG